AUGUUAUAUAAUUAUUUAUAUUUUCAUAUCUGUUUUUACAUUAGUUGAAAUAUAGUUAGGCGUAUAAGUAAUAAUGUUUUUGUUUAGAAAAUAUACAAAAUUAAAUAUAUUUUUUUUAAUACGGAUGCACAAAUUUAAAACAACUGUUACAGUGAAACAAAAGAGUAUUAAGAUAGCACAAACUUUGUGUAGUUUUCAUCUAUACCACUAAAAAUACAUUUGGAAAGAGCUGCAGUAAUUAACUAAGUGAAAAAUAUAUUAAUUUAAUUAAAGUAUAUAUAUAUUAUAUAAUUUGAUAUAUUGAUUCAUUAUUGAUUGGUACACGUACAUGGAAAACACCUGCCAAAUAAACAUUAUACUAAUCAAUGUAACAUAACUAUCAAAGCAAAUAUAAUUAUAAAUUAGAUUUUUCCAUCCAAGCAUGGUCGGCUAGAGAAAUGUUCGUGGGGGAAGCACGUAGGUGUGAUCUUGUGCAACAAUACCAAAGUCUUACCAAUACAACUUUGAUCUUUAGGCCAACUUUAGGACAAGAUCGUGUUUCCCACACCUUCUAAUCUUUCCGACAGAAUCUCACAUCUAACACUCUCUUAAGUACUUGUCAAUCUUUUCUGAUCCUUUCUUAAUCUCCCUUCUCAAUCCCUAAACCACGUACCAUACUAUGACUCUUCUCUCCAAUAUUUGUCUCUUCGUGGCACUAUUCUUAUGUCAGUCCUUGGUUCUAGCCGUUAACAACGGCUAUUACGGGUAUAACCCAUCGGUCGCCAGCUACCUGCCGGAGAAACCUCAGAACAUCAUGAAUCCAGUGGACUCGUGUUGGCGGCAUAAUUCUGACUGGUCCGCUAACCGCAAAGAUUUAGCCGAUUGCGCGGUAGGGUUCGGUUCAUCUGCCUUGGGCGGCAAGAAAGGCAAUUUAUAUGUUGUAACAAACCCUAACGACAAUGCAGCUAAUCCUAAACCGGGUUCGCUGCGAUACGGUGUGAUCCAAGACAAGCCGCUGUGGAUCACUUUCGCUAAAGAUAUGGUCAUAACCUUAGAGAAUGAGCUCAUGGUGAAUAGCUACAAGACCAUAGAUGGGAGAGGGGCAAAAGUGGAAAUUGCCUACGGACCGUGCAUUACGAUACAACAAGUGACGAACGUAAUCGUGCAUGGGAUCAGCAUCCACGACUGCAAACCGGCGAAGUAUGGAAUGGUGAGGAGUAGCACCACGCAUGUCGGUCAUCGAAAGGGAUCGGACGGUGAUGCGAUCGCUAUUUCCGGAUCGUCUAAUAUUUGGAUCGACCAUUGUUAUCUAGCGAGUUGUACGGAUGGCCUGAUCGAUGUGAUUCAUGCUUCCACGGGAAUCACCAUUUCCAACAACUAUUUUACUCAGCAUGUUAAAGUGAUGUUGCUCGGACACAACGAUAACUUCGUGCAAGAUGUGAACAUGAAAGUGACCGUGGCAUUCAAUCAUUUUGGACCAGGACUUGUGGAGAGAAUGCCAAGGGUAAGACGAGGUUGCGCUCAUGUGGCAAACAAUAGAUACGAUAAAUGGAUAAUGUAUGCAAUUGGUGGUAGCGCCGAUCCAACCAUUUUCAGUGAAGGAAACUAUUUCAUUGCUUCUGAUAAAUCUAACAGUAAAGAGGUGACAAAGAGAGAAGUGAAAGGAGGGUGGAACAAUUGGAGAUGGAGAACUUCAAAGGACGUUUUCAAGAACGGAGCUUACUUCGUACCUUCCGGUUACGGCAGCGUUGAUUUGCCAUACAGUUCCGCUCAGCGAUUCACAGUGGCUCCAGGGAACAUGGUUCCUUCUCUAACCGCAGACGCUGGCCCUCUAAACUGCAACCGCAAUCUCACUUGUUAUUAGUAUAGAAGAGGUGAAUGCGAAAACCAAAAGAAAAUGUUACAUGUGUAUACAUACUCUUUUCACGAGAUGUAUCUAAUUUCUGGUAGAUCACGUUACUUUUCUUUAUAUUUACUUAGUUUAAAUCGAUUAACUAUAUGUUUUGAUAGUGCUUCAUUAGAUGUGUGGUUAAUGGUUAUGAAUGAUGAAAUACGUCAAGAUCUGUUUAAUCCACCGAUAUGUAAAAUUCUUUGAAACUUUAAAAACAGCAAUAUGUACUAGGCCUGGGCGUUCGGUCCACCGUUCGGUUUCGGUUAGGUUGAAUCGGUUGUUCGGACUAUUGGUUCAUAGAGCACAGGUACCAAUCAAUAUUUUCUAUAGUGAAGAAUAGUUUCAGUUCGGAAUCAAUCGGUUUCGGAUCGGUACAGUUGAAGUAAACAAAAUCCACUACCAACCGAUAACACUACGGUUCCGGUGUGGUUUCGGUUUUUAACAACCAUAGUCAAUCAAAAAUAACCAAACAAACCGAAAUAUACCAAACUUAACCAAACAUCCGAAAAAAUUAACAUCAAAACGUUAGACUUGCAAACCCCUGAUCAUAACCGAUUCCAUUUAAAUCAUAACGACAUAACCAAUUCGAUUCAACUUAAAAAAAAAGAACACAAAGAAGAUCUGAAGAAUCAGAAAGAAAAUAACUUCUGAUUGGAUUCUCGAUUGCUCGUGUGAAGAAGAAGAAGAUGGAGACGGUAAGACAUUUAUAGAGGCCAGUUUGAGAUUCUUAAUGACGAUGAUCAAUAACCGAAGAGUUUUUUUUUUGGAAUUAGGGUUCGUGAAUCACGCCGCUUGCCUCACGCGUGAAAGAGAAGAGACCGAUGAGGUAUCUGUAUCGGUAUAAAUGAAUGUAUGUAUAUGUAAGAGAAAUAUACAAAUGCUCGGUAUGUAUCGGUUACCUUGUCUUGAUCUCGGUUAGCUGAAAUUUGUGGGCUUUAAAGUCCAAUCGGUAUUUUCUUUGGGUCCGCUACCGAUCCAAAACCGAUACUUCGGUGCGGGUUACACUAUGAACUUCGGCUUUAGUAUAUUAAGCCCAUGCCUAAUAUGUACAAUACUUCGAAACUUUAAAUCACUGUAAAAUGGGUCAAAGCGGUAUAAAAAUUAAAACGAAUUUAAAUCAUUGUUUAACAGAUUAAAAUGAUUAAUUAGCAUAUUUCGUAAUAAAAAUAUAAUUUAAAUCAAUGUAAAUAAAUUAUCUUAUUUAGGUUCUUAUAAAUGUAUAAUUACAUGUAUAUCAAUAAAUAUUUUAAAAAAUAAAUUUUAGACCAACACAAAUGAAUAAAUAAAUAAAAUAUUUUUAAAUUUAGUUAUGAAAAUAUUAAAAUAAAAACAAGUCACCUUUUUCUUGUAACACAAAAACAGAUCACCUAAUAUAUGAAUAUAAUAAUGCAGUGUCGUGUGAGCUCCUUUUGGGAUGUAAAAAAUAAUAAGAAAGUUUCUUGAAUUUGGAGAACGCUAUUUAAGCUCUGUGAUAUUACCUAUAGAAUUCUUUGGAUUGAGGUCAAACACAUCUACUUACUUCUGGUUUGAUGACUGGCUAAAACAUGGUCGCCUUAUUGAUAUCACCAGAGCCACUGCCCACUGGUACAACAUAUCUUGGAGUAACUCGCCAAUCAAAAGUAUGUGAUGCUGUGAAUCAAGCUGGAUGAUGUAUCAGAUGUCGGAGAAGUCGUAAGUUUCAGUCUCUUUAUGCUCAUAUUCUUGAAGAACCAGCCCCUGCAUGCUCUGGAAACAGGGCCAUGCGAAAUCUUCUAAAGGCCUAAGGCAAAAAAAAAAUUACAAUUAAUUUUGAUAUUUUAAUAUGUUAAAAUAUAUAUGUUAAAAAUUAUAAACAGUAUUUAAAGGUGAAAUGUUUUGCAUAAGUCAUAUUUCUAUAAACACCUUUCAUAAAUUUUUUAAAACAAAACUUAGUUAAAAAAUAGAAAAUUUUGGUAUAAAAGCAAAUAUUAAAAGCAUCUUUUAAAACUAAUUAUUAAAAAAUCUAAUUAUAACAUAAUAAAAUUAGUUAAAUAUUAUUAUAACUAAAAUGAGGAUUGAAAUUAUCUUCAAACUCUAUUAUAAGAGAAUUUAAGUGGUUAAUGAAUAAAAUUUAUUAUAAUAAGGGACCCCUGAAAUUUUAGAUUAUGUGGGGACUUAAGAGCAGGUUUAUCCAAAUAAAACUCAUAUGAGUAUCUAAAAUAAAAACAAUAACUAUUAUUUUAAGAUAAUUUAAUUUUAUAAUUAGUUUAAACACAUUUAAAAAGAUCUAAGCCCUAAAAAAGACACUUGUGUCAUUUGACGUUCUUAAGGAUAUCUAAGGGGGUGUUAUUGGGAGGGUGACUCAUGGAGAGUUUAUGGAUUUGAAAAGUUCAUAGAUUUUCGAAGAAUUGGAAAGUUUUCAUGGAUUUUACAAACAAGUGCAUCCAUAUUUAUAGAAUCCAUACAACUUUGAUAGAUUGUCUUUUUUUUAGCAACUUUCAUAGAUUGUUAUGGAUUCGUAAUUUAAUUUUUGUUAUUGUUUAUGUAAUUAUAUAAGAAUAUUCUUCUAGAAAUUUUUUCAUAUAAUAUGUGAAUGAUGUGUUGAAAAUAUAUUGAAUGUUAACAAUGAGGUAUAUAAAUAUAUAUAAUAUAUCAAUUUCUAUGGUAUUAAAUCUUUGAAAGACAUGUUAUAUGUAUAUGAAAAAUCUGGGCUUUGUUAUUUUAUAAAUUUUAUGGCAUUAACUUUUAGAAAGACAUAUUACAUAUAUAUGAAAAUAUGGAUUUUGUUAUUUUAUAUCAAUUUCUAUGAUAUUAACUUUUUGAAAGAUAUGUUAGAUGUGCUAUAAUGCCACCGUUCAGUCUCUUUUCUUAAUAUAUAUUUAUGUUUUUUUAUUGGUAUAAUAGAUUUAUGUUUUUUAUUUGACAAUUUUUUUUAUCAUUCAAACUUUGAAAAGAUCAUCUAUAACUCUAGUAUUUUGAAAGUAGUGAUUGAUGAGUUAAAAUGUAAAGAAUCAUUGUUUCAAUAAGGCAAGAGUUUAAUAGAAUUGCAAAAUCUAAAAAUACUCAACUUUUUGAAUAACCAAAAAAUUCUACAAUGAAUUACAAAAUCAUUAUAAGAAUAACUAAGGAUUUAAUGAGAAUUAUAAAAUUAUCACACUAAUAACAAAAGAUUUGAUUAAGACUUUAAGAAUCAUUAAACCAAUAACAAUAGAAUCUUUAAAAAAAUUCAAGUCUUUAAAAGUUGCUCUCCCACUAACCCCCCUUAAGAUGAUCUCAAAUGAGAACUUUCUACCAUUUUUUUCUCUUGCCAUUUUCUUACUUUGUAGUAUAUUUUUAUUGUGAGGUAGAUACUCCCUUAGAUACUAUUGAUUGAGUUCCUCUAAGGCCAUUGCCUUUUUCAUUAUACUAUUGGCACAUCUUUGUCUGGAAACAUGGGGAUAAUGAGUGCCAAGUUUUCUACAGAAAAAUGUAGAAUCAACUUCUGACAAGCAGAGGUAAGGUUGAUUGGAGCAGAGUGAUCUGUAUAGGUAGGGAGUGCCUCGUUUCUCUUUUAUUUUUUGGUUGGCAGUCAAGAAUAUACUAGCCAUAAAGGAAAGAACGUUCAAAUAUGGAAUGACACAAGACUGUGAACUGUGUAGAGAUGCUCUAAAAAUAUGAAAAGGAUACUAUUAGAGCAUCACCAAUAGAAUAUAAAAAGACAAUACUAUUUUUCACACAGUAUAAUCAUUAUAUCAAUAACAAUGAGAUCAUCUAUUCUUUUCAUGGUCAUAUUCUUAUACUAGUUGAAAAAUAUUAGUCAAUACUAUUAGAGCAUCUCCAGUAAAAAAUUCUCUUAAUAGAAUUCUCAGAAUACAUACAUACUUAUAUAUAUAUAUAUAAGUAUGUAUGCAUAAAUAUUAUUAUUUAGUUACAAAUAUUUUAAAGUUACAUGAAAUUCAGUCCAAAAUAUCCUUAUUUAGGGUAUGUUGGGUUAAAUUUUUCGUAAUUUCAAGAUAUUUACAAUCAAAUACUAAUCUUAAUAUAUACAUACACAUAUAUGUAUUUUGAGAACUGCAUAGAACAAACCUGGAUUGGCACAAGACAUUUAUUCUGUUAGACCACUCACAAUGGAGUGUUGAAAUUCACUUUCAACAGUUUAAAUCUUUGUAGUGAGGAUGUUGUAAAAAUAUGUUUGUCUACAUGGUAGCAACAGGCGUUGAAAAAUUUCAACAGCUGAAAAAAAAUUUUGUGGCCCGCACUACCACGUGUCGCUCUGUGGUUGGCCAAAAACAUUUACUUGAUUUUUUUUAAAUCUGGAUAAGACUUAAAUGCUUUAUUUUCAUUGGUUCGGCAGAUUUCACUUGAUAUUUAUCCUCACUCAAUUAUUCAAACACAUUUAUUAUAUUAAUAAAAUUUGUUUUUAAAAUAUCAAAAUUCAAUUUUUUUUAUCAAUAAAUAGAGAAUACUCUCAUUUCAUUUGGAUACAGAAAAAAAAUCAGUAUUUUUCAUUAUAAUAAACUAUUUUAGUGUUUUAAACUCAUUUUUUGUUAAAUGGAUCCUAAUAAUAAUUCUUUUAACACCCAAAACUCUUCUAAUUUUCCGUUCAAUUUCCAAAUCCCAACAAUUAUCAAUUUCAAAACCAAACUUCCAACCAAACCCAAAAUAUACCAAAUUAUGGUUUUUCACCAAAUAUCUUCAUCUCAUAUCUGUUCUGAAUUAUCCUCCAAAUUAUGGAUCGAUGAUGCAUUUUUCUCAAACACCUCCUCUUUCUUCUACUCCAACGAGUGAUGAAAAUGUUUUGAGAGCAACUGAAUUUCUCGAAUUUAUUACACAAAUAGCUCUUGGCAGCAGGGGCGGUGUCAGUGAAUCCAUUCCAGAUGUAAAUGCAGAUGAUUCAUUUUUAGUUUUUUGUAGUAAUAUUAAGUUUCAUAUUUUUGAAUAAAGUUAGGUAAAUAUCUAACUUAAGAAUGAAUAUGCUCUUAAUUUUAUUUUUUUUAUUAAUAUUGAUUUUGGUAUUAUUUAUAAUCUGGAUAAGAUUUAAAUGCUUUUAUUUUGGUAUUAUUUUAUUUUAAAUCUCGAUAAGAUUUAAAUGCUUUACUUUCAUUGGAUGGACAGAUUUCACUUGAUAUUUAUCCCCACUCAAUUAUUCAAAUACGUUUAUUAUAUUAAUAAAAUUAGUUUUUAAAAUAUCAAAAAUUAUAUCAACAUUCAAUUUUUUAAUCUAUAAAUAGAGACUACUCUUAUUUCAUUUGGAUACAAAACAAAAUCAUCAUUUUUCAUUAUAAUAAACUGUUUUAGUGUUUUAAACUUUUUUUGGGUUAAAUGGAUCCUAAUAAUAAUCCUUUUAACACCCAAAACUCUUCUAAUUUUUUGUUCAAUUUCCAAAUCCUAACAAUUAUCAAUUUCAAAACAAAACUUCCAACCAAUCCAAAAAUAUACCAAAUUAUGGUUUUUCACCAAAUUUCUUCAUCCCAUAUCCGUUCUGAAUUAUCUUCCAAAUUAUGGAUCGAAGAUGCAAUAUUUUCUCAAACACCUCCUCUUUCUUCUACUCCAACAAGUGAUGAAAAUGUUUUGAGAGCAACUGAAUUUCUCGAAUUUCUUACACAAAUAGCUCUUGGUAGCAUGGGCGGUGUCAGUAAAUCCAUUCCAAAUAUAAAUGCAGAUGAUUCAGUUUUAGUUUCUUUUAGUAAUAUUAAGUUUCAUAUUUUUGAAUAAAGUUAGGUAAAUAUCUAGCUUAAGAAUGAAUAUGCUGUUAAUUUUAUUUUUUUAUAAAUAUUGAUUUUGGUAUUAUUUAAAAUCUGGAUAAAAUUUAAAUGCUUUUAUUUUGGUAUUAUUUUAUUUUAAAUCUCGAUAAGAUUUAAAUGCUUUACUUUCAUUGACUGGACAGAUUUCACUUGAUAUUUAUUCCCACUCAAUUAUUCAAAUACGUUUAUUAUAUUAAUAAAAUUAGUUUUUAAAAUAUCAAAAUUAUAUCAAAAUUCAAUUUUCUUAUCUAUAAAUAGAGACUACUCUCAUUUCAUUUGGAUACAGAAAAAAUCGUCAUUUUUCAUUAUAAUAAACUAUUUUAGUGUUUUAAACUUUUUUUUUGGUUAAAUGGAUCCUAAUAAUAAUCUUUUUAACACCCAAAACUCUUCUAAUUUUUCGUUCAAUUUCUAAAUCCUAACAAUUAUCAAUUUCAAAACAAAACUUCCAACCAAUCCCAAAAUAUACCAAAUUAUUGUUUUUCACCAAAUUUCUUCAUCCCAUAUCCGUUCUGAAUUAUCCUCCAAAUUAUGGAUCGAAGAUGCAAUAUUUUUCUCAAACACCUCCUCUUUCUUCUACUCCAACAAGUGAUGAAAAUGUUUCGAGAGCAACUGAAUUUCUCGAAUUUUUUAUACAAAUAACUCUUGGUAGCAUGAGCGGUGUCAGUGAAUCCAUUUCAGAUGUAAAUGCAGAUGAUUCAGUUUUAGUUUUUUUAUAAUAUUAUGUUUCAUAUUUUGAAUAAAAUUAGGUAAAUAUCUAACUUAAGAAUGAAUAUGCUCUUAAUUUUAUUUUUUUUAUUAAUAUUGAUUUUGGUAUUAUUUAAAAUCUGGAUAAGAUAUACAUGCUUUUAUUUUGGUAUUAUUUUAUAUUAAAUCUCGAUAAGAUUUAAAUGCUUUACUUUCAUUGGCUGGACAGAUUUCACUUGAUAUUUAUCCCCACUCAAUUAUUCAAAUAUGUUUAUUAUAUUAAUAAAAUUAGUUUUUAAAAUAUCAAAACUAUAUCAAAAUUCAAUUUUUUUUAUUUAUAAAUAGAGACUACUCUCAUUUCAUUUGGAUACAGAAAAAAUUAUCAUUUUCAUUAUAAUAAACUAUUUUAGUGUUUUAAACUUUUUUUUUUGGUUAAAUGGAUCCUAAUAAUAAUCCUUUUAACACCCAAAACUCUUCUAAUUUUUCGUUCAAUUUCUAAAUCCUAACAAUUAUCAAUUUCAAAACAAAACUUCCAACCAAUCCCAAAAUAUACCAAAUUAUGGUUUUUCACCAAAUUUCUUCAUCACAUAUCCGUUCGGAAUUAUCCUCCAAAUUAUGGAUCGAAGAUGCAAUAUUUUUCUCAAACACCUCCUCUUUCUUCUACUCCAACAAGUGAUGAAAAUGUUUCGAGAGCAACUGAAUUUCUCGAAUUCUUUACACAAAUAACUCUUGGUCGCAUGAGCGGUGUUAGUGAAUCCAUUCCAGAUGUAAAUGCAGAUGAUUCAGUUUUAGUUUUUUAUAUUAUUAAGUUUCAUAUUUUUGAAUAAAAUUAAGUAAAUAUCUAACUUAAAAAUGAAUAUGCUCUUAAUUUUAAUUUUCUAUUAAUAUUGUUUUUGGUAUUAUUUAAAAAAUAAGCUUAGUAUAAGAAUUUACAAUAAAUAUUUUUAAAAUUUAUUUUAUUUUAGUUUUAAAUUAAUUAUUAAUAUGUAAUUCUUAUAUUUUAAAAAAUAAAAAUAUGAAUUAAAAGUUGACGGGUAGGGUGUUGAACUUUUCAAAACAAAACGAUUGUAAGAAUAUAGAAUGAAGUGAGUGUUGAAUAAAUGAAGUG